AUGCCCCAGGUAAUCCAGAACGACAAGACGACCAGACAGUCGUCCGCAAGCAAAGGUUUCUUUAGACGCAACCGAGACGCGAAGGCGGACAGUCGCCACGAAGGGAGCGGCAGUCUCGAUUCUUCCAACACAAAUGGCUCCUGGGGCUCGCGUCAUUCGAAAAGAGAAUCGGUUACCUCUAAUGAUGGCCAAGACCCUGAUGCUUUGGGUCUGGCCAUGACCGCCGGGGUCAUCACCUCUAUCCCUUAUUCUGCCACGACUGCAGGUGGGCAAGCACCAGUAACGGUGGACUAUCUCCCUCGAGACGACCAAGUACCAACGCGAAAAGAUCCGCAACCGUACCAACUUGCGAGGGGUUCUGAUUUUCAUCAGUACCCUGCCAUCAAUGGAAUAUCGAAUGGAUCGUCACACCCCACCGGGCCUCGCCCGCCUCCACACUCGUCGAGCUCAACUGGCAUCACGAUGGCGUCCAGUCAAGCUGGGGACCGAGGCACAAAAUAUCAACAAUGGGGUCGGCCUGGGAGCAGCCAUGGUCCUCAACAUGGAACCUAUGACUCGGUAUCAACCAAUGAUUCGUACUCUGGGUCGGGACAAAGGAGAUCGUUUGACGGCGCCAGCAUAAAAUCAACUGCUUCCACAGCCACUAGAGGUUCAAGCCUCUUCUCCUCGGAGAGCUCGUCGCGAACGGCAAUGCCUCCACGGCAGGAUUCCGACUCUUCUAUUACAGUAAUUUCUCCCACUCAUUCCAGACUAUCAAAGAUUAGUUCACACUCGGGCUGGCCUACCCAACAAGCCUCGCCCUUCAGCUCGACCACCUCUUUUACUCCCGCCGGGUUUUACCUUCCUAAACCUCAAAGCGAUGCGGAGAUUGAGAAGUUGUUCCUGCAGCUGAUGCACAAACGUGGCUGGCAAAAUCUGCCCGAGCAGGCCAGACGACAAAUGAUGGCGUAUGCGCCCGCAAAGAAAUGGACUCUUGUACAUCAAGACAAGUUGACCGAGUGGCAAGGUGAGCAGAAAAGGAGACAGCAAGCGAGACAGACAGGAGCUCUUGAUGGACCAAUAUCUAAGGAUGUCGAGGGCACCCCCGAGUGGUACGUCAAAAGGAUUCUAGAUAACAGCAUCACAUCCAAACAGCUGCAAAGUCUGAGUGUCAGUCUGCGAACCCAGCCCAUCAGUUGGGUUAAAUCAUUCAUCGAAGCACAGGGUCAGAUUGCUUUGACCAGUGUCUUGAUGAAGAUCAACCGACGUCAGGCUAAUGGUCCGACGCCCGUAAGCUCUGUUGCUUCAACCGACAAGGACCUGGACCGGGAAUACGACAUAGUCAAAUGUCUGAAAGCGCUGAUGAACAACAAAUACGGCGCUGAUGACGCUUUGAAGCACGAACAGAUACCGGUGGCUCUGGCGACCUGUCUCAUUUCUCCGAGGCUUACCACGAGGAAACUGGUCAGCGAAGUUUUGACGUUCCUCUGCCACUGGGAUCAAGGCCAGGGCCACCUCAAGGUGCUACAAGCCAUGGAUUUUGUCAAGAACCAAAUGAGUGAGAAUGGUCGCUUCGACGCCUGGAUGCGCAUUGUGGAAGUCACCAUCGACGGCCGAGGCAAAAUGGGCAGCCUAGUAGGAGCCAGCGAAGAGGUCCGGAGUGGUGGCAUUGGCAUGGAAAACCUUCUAAUGGAAUACGCUGUUGCUACACUCGUCCUUAUCAACAUGUUGGUGGAUGCUCCAGAUCGAGACCUGCAAUUACGAUGCCAUAUCAGAGCCCAGUUUAUUGCUUGCGGGAUCAAGCGAAUACUGGUGAAGAUGGAGUCUUUUCAGUACGACGUAAUUGACAAACAAAUUGCGAAGUUCCGUGAAAACGAGGCGAUCGACUAUGAGGAUCUCUUACAGCGUGAAGGGAGCAGCAUGGUCGAGAGUAUCGAAGGUGAAGUCAAGGAUAUGACGGAUCCAAUGCAAAUCACCGACGCCAUCAUGUCGAAAGUCCACGGCACGAGAACCCAAGACUACUUCAUCUCGGCAAUGCAGCACAUGUUGUUACUUAGGGAGAACAACGCCGAUGAGCGUCUGAGAAUGUUCCAGCUUGUGGAUUCGAUGCUCAGCUAUGUGGCCAUGGACAGGCGACUGCCAGAUAUGGAUCUCAAACAGAGCCUCAAUUUCACGGUUCAAAGUUUAUUGGAUCGACUGCAUACCGACGACGAGGCGCGAAUUGCUUUUGAUGAAGCCACGGAGUCGAGGCAGAUCGCCGAGGCAGCCCUUGCCGAAAGGGAUGAAAUGGCAGCUCAGAUCGCCAUGGGGGCUGAUGGGUUGGUGAAGAAGCUGCAGAAACAGAUCGAAGAACAAGCUGGCAUCAUCGAAAUGCAAUCCAGGCAAGCCGAGUCUUUGAAGUCGGAGGUGGCUGAACUCCAACGAAUCAGGGCUCAAGAAUUGCAACGCAACGAGUUAGAGACGAGAGAGCUUUACCUCAUGCUUCGAGAUGCCCAGGAUGUUGCAGCUUCCCGUGCUGCUAAGGAGGGCACUGCACCUCAAGACCCUGCUCAACUGGCAGGCAUUUUGGACCGGGAGAAGUUGAUGGAGCGCCUAGAGCGCAACCUCGAGCGCACCAAGACACAAUUCAAAUUGGAGGGAAAAGUCUGGGGCCAGACAGGGCCUUCCGAUCGACUCAGAGAGCUUCGUGAAAAGAUGGAUGACGGGAUUGAUGCCGAUUUCCAGGAGCAGACACGACGACACCUCACCAAUAGUGUUAUGGGAAGCGUCCAUCGUAGCAAUGCCCACAAAGGACCCAGAAGAGCCGCAUUGGAGGCGCUCGCAAUCAGUGAAGAAGCGGACCAGGACUCGGAAGUGGAAGAAGAUGUUGUCUUUGAGAAGCCGCGACUUGUCGAGUACAAAAGGCCGAAGAUCAGCGCAGAUCAACAAAAUCAACAAAGCAACCUCCUGGACGAGCUUGCUUCAAAGGUCAAGAAGAUUGACGACGAAAGUGACGAGGAGGCAGGGGAAGGAGAUGAUGCUGGUGUCACAACUGGACCAAGCCACCCGAGCCUGGAGUCCGAGUCUCCCAAGACUCCUCCUGAUGAGGGACAAGCGGAAGCCAAGUUCAAUGGCCCACCUCCUCCUCCUCCACCACCUCCGCCGCCGCCUCCGUCAGAUCCUGCGUCUGCCGCCUUGAUUGCUGGGUUCGGAACAGGUGCACCUCCGCCGCCGCCGCCGCCUCCUCCGCCGCUUCCUGGCAUGCCCAUCUCUCCCGCUACUCCCUCCAUGCCGGGCUUCACCGGCGGUCCUCCUCCGCCUCCGCCGCCCCCCCCUGGUUCUCUCCCGAUGAGUCCGUUAUCGCCCAUUCCCCCACCCCCCCCUCCUCCGCCGGGCGCUCCAGCUCUGCCUGGUCCCCAACAUGGGCAUUUCUUGCCCCAGUCGCCAGUGGUACCUGCGCCUAUGCUUAAGAAUCCUAUCAUGCGUCCGAAGAAGAAACUGAAAGCCUUCCAUUGGGACAAAGUUGACACGCCCCAAGUCACCGUCUGGGCAGAGAACGUGAACGCUGAGUCUAAAGAAGAGAAGUACCGCGAAUUACAGCGCAAGGGCGUUCUUGACGAAGUUGAGAAGCUAUUUAUUGCGAAAGAGAUCAAGAUCAUCGGCGGAGCAGGCAGCAAGGGCAAGAAUGACAAGAAGCAGAUCAUCAGUAGUGACAUGAUGAGGAACUUCCACGUCUCGAUGGCCAAGUUUAAAAAUGAUUCAGCCGAAGAGGUGGUGCGCAAGAUCAUCCACUGCGACAAGGAGGUUCUCGAUAACAACGUGGUCAUGGAUUUCCUACAAAGAGAAGAUCUUUGCACGAUUCCCGAAAAUAUCGCUAAACUCAUGGCGCCAUAUAGCAAAGACUGGACCGGACCUGAUGCCUUGACUUCGAAGCGUGAGCAAGAUCCGUCUGAGUUGACAAGGGAAGAUCAGAUCUACCUCCAGACGGCUUACGAGUUACAUCACUACUGGAAAGCCAGAAUGCGAGCUCUCGCUUUGACACGAAGUUUCGAACAAGAGUACGAUGAUAUCUCCGGCAAACUGAAGGAUGUGGUCAACGUUUCCGAAGCUAUUCGGGACUCAACCUCUCUCAUGAGCGUCUUAGCCCUCAUCCUUGAUAUCGGAAACUACAUGAACGACUCAAACAAGCAAGCCUCUGGCUUCAAACUUAGCUCUCUUGCGCGGUUGGGCAUGGUAAAGGAUGACAAGAAUGAGACGACGUUCGCCGACCUUAUCGAACGCAUCGUUCGCAAUCAGUAUUCUCAAUGGGAGGGCUUUGUAGAGGAUAUUGCUGGCGUCAUUCCUGCCGCAAAGCUCAAUGUUGACCAAUUGCGCCAGGACGCAAAGAAGUACAUCGACAACAUCAAGAACGUUCAAUCUUCACUGGACGCCGGCAAUUUGAGCGAUCCCAAGAAGUUCCAUCCUCAAGAUCGUGUUGCGCAAGUCGUACAAAGGUCCAUGAAAGAGGCAAGGCGAAAGGCAGAACAACUCCAGCUCUUCCUGGACGAGGCGUCGAGGACGUACGAUGACAUAAUGACCUAUUUUGGCGAAGAUAAUCAAGAUGAGAAUGCCCGCAGAGAGUUCUUCGGUAAGCUUGGCGGCUUCGUCACGGAAUGGAAGAAGUCACGAGAGAAGAACAUGGCUAUGGAAGAGAACAAACGACGCCUCGAAGCAAGUCUCGCUCGUAAGAGGGCUCAGGCCAGUGCCAACGCGAGCGGCGGAGCAAGCGGCGCUGAAACACCUGGUAGUCCUCCCGCUAACGGCGCCAUGGAAACCUUGCUCGAGAAACUGCGAGCUGCAGCGCCGCAAGUGAAAGAUCAACGUGAUCGAAGGAGACGGGCUAGGCUAAAAGAGAGACACGAUCAAAGAAUUGCCAGCGGCCAGCAACUUCCCGAGCUUCAAGUCAAAGACGGGGUGGAAGAGAGUCGCGGUCUUGCUGGUCUAGGAGAGAAAGCCAAUGAAGAUAAUCUUAGCACAGAUGGCACCAGCGGCAGAGGGGACAUCAGUGAAAGCGAAGACGUCGCGGAUCGGGCUUUGAGGGCUCUUCAGGAAAUGAGAAGCUCCGCUCCAUCAACAGGCGACGAACUUGAUGUUCGGAGGAGGCGCGAUGGGGCUGAUGAAGAACGCAAAGCGCGAAGGAUGAGACGCCGGACAGCACACCAAAGCACCAGCAGUGUCGCAAGAGAAUCUAUAGUGUCACCGACCGAGACGAAGACAGAAGAAAAGAGCGGCCAGGAUGGAGCCUCCGAUGGCUCCUCCCCUACAGAGGACAAACAAUCGUCUGAGGGCACUUUGAGUCCCGUGGCCUCACAGCCGCCGCCGGCGAUCAUUGUCAGUCCGACGGAUGAUGAUGAAGUUGAGGCUGAUCGAAAAGAUGAACGGAAGGAAGAGGAGGGCUUUGGCUCAGGAAUAGAGGAAGGAACAUGA